AUGACUUCUCACAAAUCCUUCCUCAUGCCUUUUCUCAUUGCUCUGGUCUUGUUGUGUGUAGACCAAACCGCUUUCGCUACCCGGCAUCUUCUUGAUGUCUCAGAGCCAUCCCUGCCUACGAUUCCUACUCUUCCUAAGGUAGAAUUACCUCAUUUGCCUGAAAUACCCACUCUACCUAAAGUUGAAGUUCCUCAUUUGCCCGACGUCCCGACUCUUCCUAAACCAGAAGUUCCUCAUUUGCCCGACGUCCCGACUCUUCCUAAGGUAGAAGUGCCUCAUUUGCCCGAAGUCCCAGCUCUCCCUAAGGUUGAAGUGCCCCAUCUGCCCGACGUGCCUGCUCUGCCUAAGGUGGAAGUUCCUCAUUUACCUGAUGUGCCAGUUCUACCUAAGGUAGAAGUGCCUCAUUUGCCCGACGUGCCAGCUCUGCCCAAAGUGGAACUGCCCCAUUUGCCCGAAGUGCCGGCUCUUCCUAAGGUGGAACUGCCCCAUUUGCCAGAAGUGCCGGCUCUGCCUAAGGUGGAACUGCCCCAUUUGCCGGAAGUGCCGGCUCUGCCUAAGGUGGAAGUGCCUCAUCUACCUGAUGUGCCGACUCUGCCGAAGCCCACAUUACCCACCGUCCCUGAACAUCCGUAG